GGGUGGUGUCCCGGUUACACAGGAAGGUGUCAUAAAUUCCUUGGUUACUGUUUUACCAUUUCCCAGGAUGACCGCUUCUCAUUAUCUUUGGACAGAUUCAUUGCAGGGUUACAGGACGGACCAGGGUUGUGUAUACGUUCAGGCUUGUUCUGGGGAGCUGGUGGUCCGGAAUCUGAAGAUUUACCCCCUAGGCUGCAGGUGAAGAGAUGGGAAUGUCCGUGAAAUCCUGACACCAGGACAUUAUUUGCAGCACGUGUUGGAGUCGCUGACAAGGAGCGAUCCAUCAUGAAUGGACAUUUAUCAAAUUACUAUCAGGGGGGCUUGAGAAACGCCUCCCCAGAUCCCAGCAAUUAUGAUUUGUCCUCUGUAAAAUCGGAGAAAAGUGGAAGAACAAAUGCCAAGAGUCUUUAUGAGCAAAGAAAGAGCUAUGCCCGGGACAGCGUCAGCGUCAUAUCGGAAACCUCCCAGUAUCAUGUUGAGCACCUUACCACGUUCAUAAUGGAUCGCAAGGAUGCAGUGCUCACCAUUGACGACGGACUCCGCAAACUAAAGUUAUUGGAUGCGAAGGGAAAAGUGUGGACCCAGGAUAUGUAUCUCCAAGUGGAUGACAAAGCAGUUAGUCUGUAUGAUAUAGAGACCAAGACUGAAUUAGAGAAUUUCCCAGUCAGCACCAUCCAGCACUGUAAGGCUGUGAUGAACUCCUGCAGAUACAACUCCAUUCUUACCCUUGUUUGUAAAGAGCCAACACAAAGCAAAGCUGAUCUGCACCUCUUCCAAUGUGAUGAGGUCAAGGCUUCUACUAUCCACCAGGAUAUCUACAGUGCAAUGAGUGACAGCAAAGGAGGAAAAGCAAAGACCCGGCCAGACGUGCUCAGGACCAUCAAUGCCGGUGACAACAAAGUCCCUCCACCUCCCCUGGCUCCUGCUCCUCAGCCCCCUGGAUCAGUUACACAGGUGGAUGUGCGAAGCCGUGUAGCAGCAUGGUCAGCCUGGGCAGCAGAAUAUGGAGACUAUGAUCGAUACCAGCAAAAUUCCAAUCAGGAAGACAGCGCGCAAAUGGUCGAGGCCAAGAUUGACAGAGACGUGCAAAUUCUGAACCACAUUCUUGAUGACAUUGAAUUCUUUAUUAUGAAAUUGCAAAAGGCAGCCGAAGCCUUUUCUGAGCUUUCCAAACGGAAAAAAUCAAAGAAGAAAAAAGGUCCUGGAGAGGGAGUUCUGACUCUCCGUGCCAAGCCUCCCCCUGAGGAAGAGUUUGUUGACUGCUUCCAGAAGUUCAAACAUGGCUUCAACCUCCUGGCCAAAUUGAAGUCCCAAAUUCAGAACCCAAGUGCAGCAGAGCUGGUUCAUUUCCUCUUCACACCACUAAGUAUGAUGGUAGAGGCCACAGGAGGCCCGGAACUUGCAAAAAGUGUCCUGAGCCCUCUGCUGAUUAAGGACGCCGUUGAUUUUCUACAUUUUGUGCUCAACAGUGAGGAGAAGAAUCUGUGGCUGUCACUAGGUGAUACGUGGAGCAAACCCAGAGUGGAAUGGCCUAAAGACCAGUUCAUCCCCCCAUACGUACCACGGUUCAGGAAUGGUUGGGAGCCACCCUUGUUAAACUUUGGAAAUGUUCCUAAAGAACCAGUACGGAACCAGAUGGUGUCAACUCCACCCGAACAAAAGCAAGAACCCAGAAGUUUUCCAUCAGAGUUUUCCCGCAGCUCUGACCUUCCUCCACCGGACAAGAACCAGGAGGUAGUGCACACCAAGAAGUACGCCAUCUGCAAGUAUGACUUCGUGGCCAGGAAUGUAAAUGAGCUCUCUGUGCUGAAAGACGACAUUGUGGAGAUCAGUGAUGAUAGAAAACAGUGGUGGAAGGUUAUAAAUACUAGCGGCUCUUCUGGAUUUGUGCCAAACAACAUCCUGGGAGUAAUGAAACCUGAGGAGCCAUCAUUGGGGCGUUCAGAACCAGCGUACAGCCAGACGAUUCAGAAACAAAAAUCUGAGUUUAUUGCAAGGCAGAUAGAGUCAAAUGUGACUGCGCCCAGCCCCCCUCCAACUCCAGUUCCUGCCCCUCCAGGAAUAUCCAUACCUGUAUCAAGGUCAUAUCCAUCAGGAAAUCUUGUUAGCCGACAAAGCAGCACUUCCAGUGAAAGUGGGGGAAAUGGAGUACGAGAUCCCCAAGGGGCCAAGCCAAGUGAUUGGAGAAAGUCUCAGAUGGAAGAAGUUCAGGAUGAAUUAGUUCAUAGACUAACCAUCGGACGCAGUGCAGCACAGAAAAAAUUCACUGUCCCUCGGCAAAAUUCACCUGCUGUCAAUAUAUCCUACAGUUCAUCUGCUUUGGAUGUGAAAACAUGGCUGCUUGCAAAGGGAUUCAGUUCUGUAACCAUUGAUUGUCUGGGAGUGUUAACCGGAGCGCAGCUCUUCUCACUCACAAAAGACGAGUUAAAGACCGUCUGUCCGGAGGGGCCUAGAGUCUACAAUCAGGUGAUGCUGCAGAAAGCAGCUCUGCAGGAAGGGAAUGGAAGUUCCGAGCUGUUGGAAAUUAUGAGAAAGCGCCAAGAGAAGAUUAAUGCUGCUGCCAUUGAUUCCGGGGUGGAAUCUUUUGAUGAAGGAAACAAUCACUAACUUUCUGCAUUUUUAAUUCCUUCAUGUUGCCAAUUUAGUUGCACAGUUUGGUUGCUGGACUCGUUUCAUGGUCACAUUUUCCUUGUUUGUUUGAUUCUCCAGACAGAUGAUCAUUUCUUGAAGGGGAGUUGGCACAUUCCAACCUGAUCUACCUGAUAGGUCCAUAUUGGUAAACAAGAGGCUUAGGUCUCCUUCUACCCUGUGGGUGGGGGGUUUGUCUGCUGAAGAUCAAUGACUGAUGCAGGUGGAUCUGAACAAUGGGGCCUCCAUAGUAUUGAAUACUAUGAUGAAAAUAGAAGCUUCUUUGAAGAUGGCCAGGUCUGUCCUCUCUUGUGUCUGCUGCAGUAUUAGACGUUCUGCCAUUUUACGUGGCUUUGUCAUUGCAGGAACAGUCUGGAAAGUUGGAGCCAUGUUUGUAUUCCUUGUAAAUUUGUCUUCUAUGAAUAAAGGUUUAGAUCGUUAUUGAGUAAAUUAUAAAUAUAAAUUAUUUUUCUGAGGUUUUUGAUGAGUAAA